AUGGAGGGUAGGAAAAGGAAGGGAAAAUUCAGGAAUUCUCUCAGGCGGAUGGCUAUGGAGUGCCUGUGCUCUGGUGAGCAGCUGAAGGGGGCAGAUGAGACCGUCCGGUCAUCUGAUUCUACAAUCACAAAAGAUUUCUCGACCAGCGGGUACUCUUCUCGUAAUGGAGAGAUUGAGCAGUACCUUGAUAAUGGCAACAUAGAGGAAGCCGAGUUGUCGCUCCGGGAGGGCAUUUGCCUAAAUUAUGAGGAAGCAAGGGCAUUGCUAGGAAGGCUAGAAUAUCAACGGGGUCAUGUAGAAGCAGCACUCCGUGUCUUUGAUGGGAUAGACAUGUCUGCAUUAGUCCCUAAGAUGAAAAUCUCAAUUGCUAGAAAAGCAGAUCGUCGGAAGACUCAUUCACAGUGGGAUUUUAAACCAAUGCCCUUGCAUGCUGUCAGCCUUCUCAUGGAGGCCAUAUAUCUUAAAGCAAGAGCACUUCAUGAUCUUGGGAAAGACAAAGAAGCUGCACAAGAAUGUAAAAUGAUAUUGGAUAUUGUGGAGGCAGCCGUACCUGAGGGCUUGCCAGCAGGCUUUGGAAAAGGCUGUAAAUUGAACGAAAUAAUAUGCAAGUCUGUAGAGUUGCUCCCUGAGCUGUGGAAAUCAGGGGGGUUUUCACUUGAAACCAUUUCUUCAUAUAGGAGGUCACUUCUCAAUAAUUGGAAUCUUGAUGGAGAGACCAUAGCAAGGAUACAAAAGAAAUUUGCUGUUUUUCUCCUAUAUAGUGGCUGUGAAGCACGCCCUCCAAAUCUUCAUUCUCAGUUGGACGGUUCAUUUGUACCUCGCAACAAUAUGGAAGAGGCUAUUCUUCUUUUGAUGAUUCUUUUGAGGAAGUUCAAUCUCAAGAGGAUUGAGCGAGAUCCCUCUGUGAUGCAUCACCUUACUUUUGCACUGUCCAUGUCAGGACAGCUAAUUCCACUGGCUGGACAGUUCGAAGAAUUGUUACCUGGUGUGUUAGACAAAAAAGAAUGGUUGUACAGCGUUGCAUUGUGUUAUUUAGCAGAAGAGGAUGAUCUGAGUGCCCUGAAUCUACUCAAAAGAAUACUAAAGUCUGGAGAGGAUUCUGAUCAUCUCAAAGAACUACUUCUAGCUUCAAAGGCUUGCAUUGAGAUGAGUGCUCAUACUGAAGGUGCUUCUUAUGCAAGGAGAGCCAUUGCUAAUAUGCAGGGUGGAUGCAAACCAAUGGCAGGACUUGCAGACCUUUUGCUUGGUGUUGCGCUUUCUAAUCAGGCUAGAAGUGCAAUAUCUGAUACAGAUAGAGCUUCGUGGCAGUGUGAAGCGCUGGAAGCCCUUGGGAAUGCUGAAAAAAAGAUGCAUGGGAAAGAUUCUAGGGCAUUGUACAGUCUCAGCCUUGAAAAUGCUGUGCAGAGGAAAAUAGAAUUUGCUGCCUUUUAUGCAAAGAGGCUGGUGAAACUUGAGGCUGGAUCAGAGUUGAGGAGUUGGCUCCUUUUAGCUCGAAUACUUAGUGCUCAAAAGCUGUUUGCCGAUGCUGAAACAGUUGUUGAUGCUGCUCUAGAUCAGACUGGGAAAUGGUGUCAAGGAGAUUUAUUGCGAACCAAAGCCAGAAUUCAGGCUGCACACGGGCAAUUCAGAGAUGCAGUUGAAACAUACACCCAACUUCUUGCUAUCAUUCAACUUAGAACGAAAAGUUUAACUGCUGGAUUUUGCUUGCCUAAGGACAACAAGGAUGAUAAAGGCCUGGAAACAGAGACCUGGUAUGAUCUAGCUCUCUUAUACCUAGGUAUGGCACAAUGGAGAGAUGCAGAGGUCUGUGUAUUGAAGAUAAGAUCCAUCAGUCCUUAUUCUGCAUUGGCUUGGCAUGCUACAGGAAAAAUAUAUGAAGCAAAAGGUCUUACAAAAGAAGCUUUGGGAGCUUUUUUCAGAGCUUUAGACCUUGAUCCUAAACAUGUCCCAAGUUUGAUAUCAACUGCCACUGUUCUGCAACAACUUGGUGACAGGCCAUUGCCUUCUAUACGGUGCUUCCUGACUGAUGCAUUGCAACUGGAUAGAACUAAUCAUGUUGCAUGGUUCAAUCUUGGCCUGCUUUACAAAGAGGAAGGUGGUAGGUCAGUGGCUGAGGCUGUUGAAUGCUUUCAAGCUGCUGCUUUUCUUAAAGAAACAGCACCUGUAGAACCUUUCAGAUGA